UAGUGUCCAGUGGGUGUACUUGUAUUGAACUCUUCAUCAAAAGCCUCACGCUACAGUAGAUCGGCUCAUGCCGUUCUGGCUUGGACAAGGCUACUUAUAUGGCUCAAUACUCUCUAAAAGGCAUUAAUAAUGGAUAAAACUCACUUUUUUCAUUUUAUCUCUCAAUGGAAUGAUAAGCAGUGCAACCAAACCAAUGACUUUCUGUGUGCCUUCAAACCUGACGAAAGAGAGGAAAUGAAUGAAGGAGGAGAAGAAGAGGGGGUGGUGGAAAAGGGGAGUGAGAGGUUUAUCAUUUAGAGUAGAUGACAGAUGAGCAGUCAAGUGAGCCCAAAGUACGAUUUAAGGAAGCAACUGAUAGUGUUAGAAACUUCUAGACACAUUGCAUUUGAGAAUACUAUCUAGACCUAUUGUCAGAAAACAGUGUGACCUAAUGUAUUUUCAGGAGGAAUGGUGUCGAUAAAAAAAUGCUGCUUCACGUGUUUGUACUAUGAAACAUUAUGCAUUUUUUUGAUUAGCAAAUAAAAAAAGGAAUACGAAAAAAUAUCUUCAGAAAUCAAUAAUCAUUGCAUCACUUUAUUUUGUUGACCUGGCCUUAUUUAGCAUAUUUAGAAAGCAGAUGGGGGUCAAGAAAUAACAAUUCAAAUACAGCCUCUUCUUAUUUAUAGAUGGACAACCCACUAGGUGGACUUUACAUAUUUAGAAGUAAACCUAUUACCUUUCCAUUCGGUGCCCUGUUUGGGUAGUGUGCCCAAAACAGAGAUCGUGCGUGAUAUUUACUUUGCAUGCGUUUUUACGCAUGCCAUUGAUCAGAGAGAGAGAGAUUAAUCGCCCUCUGCACAACUGUUGCUCUAAUCCUCCUUGAGAGGAUAGGCUUAGUAAAACUACAGGUUGGAGACGCUGCUGCAGCCAUAUUGAACAGACAUUUUGUAAAAAAAGAUAGUUCUUUUUUAAUUUGAUGACCAUAUUCUAAUGAGCAUUUACCCUACUAAAUAUUUUUACAAUUAACUUUGAAAUUUAUUUUCGGGCAAGGCAACUGGAUGAAUCAGUAGGCUAAUAAAUUGUAAUUUUCUAAUUUGGUAACCUUUUAAUUAGUGGUUGUAGAUUAGAAUUACGCUUUUUGAUAGUUUAGAGAUUGUGACAGUGACAACACAGUUUUGAAGAUGAAAGACCGAUUGGAACAGUUGAAGGCGAAAAGUGAUGUGGCUGCGGAUGAUGUGGAGAUUCCAGUGGAGAACCAAGCCUUUAUGGAUGACUUCUUCGCCCAGAUUGAGGAGAUUCGCAGCAGCAUUGACAAGAUAGAUGAGAGUGUGGCGCAAGCAAAGAAGCUGUACUCGACCAUCCUCUCCGCCCCUACGCCAGAGCAGAAGACGCAGGAUGAUUUGGAGGCAGUCACCAACGACAUCAAGAAAGCAGCCGGCACCGCUCGCAACAAACUAAAGAGUAUCGAGAAGCAACUUGAGACAAACACAGAGGAACGGUCGUCAGCAGACACGAGGAUCCGGAAGUCCCAGCAUGCCAUCCUGGCCAAGAAGUUUGUGGAGGUGAUGACCAAGUACAACGAGGCUCAGACAGAUUUUAGAGACAAGAGCAAAGGCCGCAUUGCCCGGCAGCUGGAGAUCACGGGAAAAACAACGACCGACGAGGAGCUGGAGGAGAUGUUGGAAGGAGGGAACGCAGCCGUCUUCACCGCAGGGAUCAUGGAGUCGGGUAUAUCGAAGCAGGCGUUGAAUGAGAUCGAAGCGCGGCAUAAAGAUAUUGUGAGGCUGGAGAGCAGCAUCAAAGAGCUUCAUGACAUGUUUGUGGACAUUGCUAUGCUGGUGGAGAACCAGGGCGGUAUGAUUGACAAGAUUGAGAGCAACAUGGACCAAUCGGUGGGCUUCGUAGAGCGGGCUGUUGCCGACACCAAGAAAGCAGCCAAAUUUCAGCAGGAGGCCCGUAGGAAGCAGAUGAUGAUCAUGUGCUGCUGUGUCAUUCUCUGUGUCAUCGGAGGGUCCUUCCUCUACAGCUUUAUCAAAUAGGAAAUACCGUCUGGGGGAAAACUUGUUGUGAAACAGAGGUGUUCAAAACUCCAAACUUAAACUUUUAAAUCAUGUAUUGAUCCAGAAGGAUGUUACCCUGGUCACAGAUCUCUUUGUACUCUUGUAAACGCCAUUCAUGUCCCUGUCAAGUUUGAUCAGGGCCUGGCUUUAUAAAGCCUUUCAGAGUAUGAUUACAGAUCUGGGAUCAGUUGAACCUUUUAGAUCACAAUGAAUAAGAUUACAUGGACAGGCGGGGCAGGAUCCUAGAUGAGCACUCCUACUCUGAGAUGCUUUAUGAAUACGGAACCAGAUUAGAUAACGUUAGAUCCAGGUUAUUCUUAGGUUGUGUCCCACAUGGCACCCUAUUCCCCUUGUAGUAUAUAGGAAAUAGGGUGCCAUUUGGGAUGUAGACUUAGGCUGUAUUAUUGUCCUCUUAACGUGAUAAUCACUUAUGACUCUGGCCUCAGGGGAAGUUGAAGAGGAGUGUCCCAGAUUACCCCCAGUUUAACCUGGGUGGAUGGAUCAACAGUGGUCACUCUGUCAAGAGAUGCAUACAGAGCUACUCAGAGGAGACACACUUCAGUCUUGCUUAAGGCCUUCCACCCUUUCGUCUUCUCUCUCUCUCUUUCUUUUCGUCUCUUUCUCUGUCUUUCUCUCUCUCUCUCACACACACACACACACUCUCUCUCUCCCUCUUUUCCCCUCUCUCUCUCUCUCUCUCGUUCCUCUUUUCAGGCAUGCUUCUACCCACAGCUCCUUUUCCCACUUCAAGGAUUUGUGUCAAUUAGCUUUGGUAGUGUGGCUCCUUAAUAAUCUAAGCCAAGACAGGUCAACGAUAACACUGUGUAAUCAUGUCAAGUAACCUAAAGAUAUUGGUAAAUAAAUGUAUAUGAUAAAACGAUGAUUCACUGCCCUAUUGUCAGCUAGUAAUCAAAAUGACCCCAAAAUGGCACGUUUUUAUGUUAUUAUUGUGUGUUGAAGUUACUGCUUAAUAUUGCACUCAUGUCAUUUUUAUCCUACAUGUGUGUCAAUGCAUGUACCACCAGGGAUCAUGCCUGUGUCAUAAAACUGUCACCUGCACUCUCUCUACAAAUGAUGUGUAUAAACCCUGUAUUGAAGCCAACGUGCAGCCAUCUUGGUAAUCCUCCUCAAUGGUUAAAAGAUUUUGGAAGCUAUAGAAAUGCAUUUGUUAAUGUCUACAUUCGGUUUGACACGUUUAUUCUAUUAGACGCUUAAAUGCAUACUUUUAAAUUCUAUUAUGUGGCCUAAACAUUUUUUUUUUUAAAUGGGGAGAGUACUAACGUUACUGUCCCCACUACAAAAAAAAUACUUAAAUAAUAUGUAAUUUUAUCUUUGAAAUACUAUGGAGGACUACUCCUUCUAGGGAGUGCCAAUAUGGCCGACCGGUGGCCAAUACAUAGCAUCAGCAGUCCAGGGUUUACUUAUAUAAGCCAUUGCUCUCUACCCCCUCUAAUAAUAGAUAGGAUAGUAUUUUUGUUGUGAUCCAAGCAAGCAGUAUCAAGUGAAUAGCCAAUAUGUCUGUGUCUGUUUGUGUCUUCAGUCACAUACAUUUGUAGUGAUUUUGUAGGCAUUUAUAUGGAAAAUGUUAUCUGAACAAAAUGUAAGGUCAGGUUUCAGUUUUUUGUAGCUUUUCCCGUCUGUUGACAAAUAAUACAAAUAAAAAAGAAUGGCCAUUUGCCAAGUGUUUUUAUUUGUAAGUUUUCAUUAUUCAACUACUUUAAACUGUUUUGA